AAUCUAAAUUGUAACAAUUUAUUAGUUAGGUCGUGUAAACAAAGCUGAUUAAAAGGAUAUGAGCAAACACAAUUUAUAUCGAAAGCAGUUAAAUUAAUAUUGUUUUGUACGCAAUUUAUCUUAGCAACAAAAUAAUAAACAAUAGUAAGUACUAAUAUUGUUUUGUACGUAAUUUAUUUUAUGAACAAAACAAGCUGUCGGGGAAAAAGGGAAAUCUACUCGAACAGGCUGGUGCGCCAAUUCCAUUGGGCCACGGACACGUUUCUAAAUCAUUAAGCGCGCAUUAGAUAGAUGCAUGGUCGCGCCGUGACGAGAUCGGACUCGAACGAGGUCAGGAUCACGAGAUACUAGUUGUAGUCGGCCCGGCGUACCACCUCCUCCACUAUAUAAACGGAUCGAGGCUUCGUCUACUGCAAAUCGUGCAAUCGCCUCCGCUUCCUCCGCUCUGGUGGCCGCCCGCUCUAGGUUUGCUGCCGCGAUCGUCUUGAGCCACCCGGCGCCCGCCCGCGCGAGUUGGAGAUGGAGAUGGAGACGGCGAAGGCGAGUGGGCUCGAGCAGAUCAGGAACGAGGCCGUUGAUCUGGAGAACAUCCCGUUGGCCAAUGUGUUCGUGUUUCUCAAAUGCACCGAGAAAGGUCUCACCACCGGCGAGGGCAACGAGCGCGCCGCCGUCUUCGGCCCCAACAAACUCGAGGAGAAAAAAGAGAGUAGGAUACUGAAGUUUCUGGGGUUCAUGUGGAACCCGCUGUCGUGGGUGAUGGAAGUGGCGGCGAUCAUGGCGAUCGCGCUGGCGAACGGCGGCGACCGGCCGCCGGACUGGCAGGACUUCGUCGGGAUCGUCGUGCUGCUGCUGCUCAACUCGAGCAUAUCGUACUUCGAGGAGAGCAACGCCGGCAGCGCGGCGGAGGCGCUCAUGGCGAACCUGGCUCCCAAGACGAAGGUUCUCCGCGACGGGAGGUGGGCGGAGGAGGAUGCCGCCAUCCUCGUCCCCGGCGACAUAAUCAGCAUUAAGCUCGGAGACAUCGUGCCGGCCGACGCGCGCCUCCUCCAGGGCGACCCGCUUAAGGUGGACCAGUCUGCGCUCACCGGCGAGUCGCUGCCGGUGACCAAGUGCCCCGGCGAGAGCGUCUACUCGGGGUCGACGUGCAAGCAGGGCGAGAUCAACGCCGUCGUCAUCGCCACCGGCGUGCACACCUUCUUUGGGAAGGCGGCGCACCUCGUCGACAGCACCAACCAGGUCGGCCACUUCCAGAAGGUGCUCCGCGCCAUCGGCAACUUCUGCAUCGCCGCCAUUGCCAUCGGGAUGGUCAUCGAGGUGAUCGUCAUGUACCUCAUCCAGCACCGCCACUACCGCGAUGGUAUCGACAACCUGCUCGUCCUCCUCAUCGGCGGCAUCCCCAUCGCGAUGCCCACCGUGCUGUCGGUCACCAUGGCGAUCGGGUCGCACCGCUUGUCCGAGCAGGGCGCUAUCACCAAGCGCAUGACGGCGAUCGAGGAGAUGGCCGCCAUGACCGCGCUCUGCAGCGACAAGACGGGUACCCUCACCCUGAACAAGCUCGGCGUCGACAAGGACUUCAUCGAGGUGUUCGCCGAUGGCGUCGGCAAGGAAGACGUGAUCCUCCUCGCCGCCAGGGCGUCGCGCGUCGAGAACCAGGACGCUAUCGACACCGCCAUGGUCGGCAUGCUCGACGACCCCAAGGACGCCCGCCGCGGCAUCGAGGAGGUCCACUUCCUCCCCUUCAACCCCGUCGACAAGCGCACCGCCCUCACGUACAUCAAAGUCGACGACGGCACAUGGCACCGCGUCAGCAAGGGAGCCCCCGAGCAGAUUUUGUCGCUGUGCAACUGCAGCGACGACAUGAAGAAGAGGGUGCACGCGGUGAUCGACAAGUACGCCGACCGCGGCCUCCGGUCGCUCGCCGUCGCGAGGCAAGAGGUGCCGGAGAAGAACAAGGAAAGCCCCGGCGAGAAGUGGGAGUUCGUCGGGCUGUUGCCGCUGCUUGACCCGCCGCGGCACGACAGCGCCGAGACCAUCAAGCGUGCGCUCCACCUCGGUGUCAACGUCAAGAUGAUCACCGGUGAUCAGCUCGCCAUCGCCAAGGAGACCGGGAGGAGGCUCGGCAUGGGCGUCAACAUGUACCCCUCAUCGGCACUGCUCGGCCAGGGCAUGGACGACUCCAUCGCCCCCGUCCCCAUCGACGAGCUCAUCGAGAAGGCCGACGGCUUCGCCGGCGUCUUCCCAGAGCACAAGUACGAGAUCGUGAAGAGGCUUCAGGAGAUGAAGCACAUCUGCGGCAUGACCGGCGACGGCGUCAACGACGCGCCGGCGCUGAAGAGGGCGGACAUCGGGAUCGCCGUCGCCGACGCCACCGACGCCGCUAGGAGCGCCUCCGACAUCGUGCUCACCGAGCCGGGUCUGAGCGUCAUCAUUAGCGCCGUGCUCACCAGCCGUUCCAUAUUUCAAAGAAUGAAAAAUUACACGAUUUACGCGGUUUCGAUCACCAUCCGUAUUGUGCUUGGGUUCAUGCUCAUCGCGCUGAUCUGGAAGUUCGACUUCUCGCCGUUCAUGAUCCUGAUCAUCGCCAUUCUUAACGACGGAACAAUCAUGACCAUCGCCAAGGACAGAGUGAAGCCGUCGCCGCAGCCGGACAGCUGGAAGCUACGGGAGAUCUUCAUCACCGGCAUCGUCUACGGCACCUACCUGGCCGUCAUGACGGUCGUCUUCUUCUGGGCCAUGAGGAGCACCGAUUUCUUCACCAACACGUUCCAUGUGAAGCCAUUGCUGGAGAAGGAGGAGAUGAUGUCGGCGCUGUACCUGCAGGUGAGCAUCAUCAGCCAGGCGCUCAUCUUCGUGACGAGGUCGCGCAGCUGGUGCUUCGUGGAGCGCCCGGGGAUGCUUCUGUGCGUCGCCUUCGCCAUCGCGCAGAUCGUGGCGACGUGCUUGACGGUGUACCUCGACCUGGGGUUCGCGCACAUGAGGGGCAUCGGGUGGCGGUGGGCCGGCGUCAUAUGGCUCUACAGCGUCGUCACCUUCAUCCCCCUCGACUGGUUCAAGUUCGCCGUCCGCUACGCCCUCAGCGGCCGCGCCUGGGACACCCUCAUCGAGCGCAAGGUGGCGUUCACGAGCAAGAAGGACUACGGGAGAGGGGAGAGGGAGGCGCAGUGGGUGACGGCGCAGAGGACGCGGCACGGGCUGCCGACGACGCCGGAGGUGGAAGAGCUGGCGAACGAGCGGAGGAGCUACGGGGAGCUGUCGGAGCUCGCCGAGCAGGCCAAGCGCCGCGCCGACGUGGCCAGGCUGCGCGAGCACACAGCACACCCCAACCAAAACUAAAAUAAGAAGCCUUUUUCCAACCAAAGCACAGAUAGAAUUUGUUUUUUAAUUUCUAUGUCAUAAGUUUUUUUUGCGUAUGUCAUACAAAAAGACUCUUUUUAAUUGCAUUGUUGAAUAUACCUUAGAAACAUUUCAAAUUUGUUCUUUUCCAUGACAUAGUAUGUCUUUGAAAAGAAAUGACUUAUUAUAAACACUUUGAAGAAGAUAUUGUAAGUAACUUGU